AUAAAAUAAAAAAAGAAGUUUAAUAGAAAAGCAAAAUGAAAUCGAAAAUAAAAAACAAACGGUAAUCAAUCAUCACUCUCCCAAUAACUAAUUGUAAUGACUCUUCAAGCAAGCUCCUGUAGCUAUGGAAAUUCCUUCAUUUCUCCGCCCAGACCCUCCCGUCUCCGCCGCGCGCCGUCGUCCCUAAUCCGAGCCAAAGCUGAACCAUCGGAUAAAUCAGUAGAGUUAAUGAGGAAAUUCUCGGAGCAGUAUGCUCGUAAAUCCGGAACUUAUUUCUGUGUAGAUAAGGGUGUUACUUCUGUUGUCAUUAAGGGUUUGGCAGAACAUAAAGACACAUUGGGUGCACCUCUUUGUCCUUGUAGGCAUUAUGAUGAUAAACCAGCCGAAGCGGGUCAGGGUUUUUGGAAUUGUCCGUGCGUUCCGAUGAGAGAAAGGAAGGAGUGUCACUGCAUGCUCUUUCUUACUCCAGAAAAUGACUUUGCCGGCAAGGAUCAGGUAAUUACCCUGGAAGAAAUUAAGGAAACAACAGCAAAUAUGUGAUAUCUGAUGUAUUGUAAUUGUUCUUUUUUUCUUCUAAUCGAUGAGUUAUAUCUCCUUGUGCGUAAAUAUUAGUAUUAUGCUAUGAAACAGAUCCGAUUUCUUGAGUACCUCUCACUUCCAUUGUAAUGUCUACUGCUGGUGCUCUUCAUAAAGCAUGAUCAUAGUCCUCGUUUUACUGCUAA